AUGAAAAAAUCCCAAAAGGCAAAACCGAAACGAGUAUUGGUGACGCUUAUUUUAACCGAAUCCACUGCCAGUUUGCUCAAGCUAAACGUGCCUCAUUUAGACGAAACCCAUCCAGCUAAUUCCAGAAUAUGCAUUUUUACACAAAAAGCUUUGAUGAAAAGUUUAGAAUUGAUGCCAAAAGCUGAAAAUGAUUAUGGAACUUAUAUUAAUUUAAGCAACGAUUGUAUUAAAAUCAAUUCAGAAGUUGGAUUGUUUUCUAAAAGCAAUUGCUCGUCUGCUAGUGAAUUAUUGGAUAGCGAUAGUGAAUCAGAAAUAAGUGCUUCAAAUUCAUCUGCGCUGUUUAAAAAAAUCGAUAUCGCCUAUUGCCCAAUGGUAUCAGUAAGAAGCAAAGCACACGCAAAUAAUCUAAACAUAGAUUGCAAUGUUUUAUAUGCAACUCUUUUACAUUCAGAAUCGCAAUUGUCUUGGGAAUAUAUUUGUCGCAUUUGUCAUGGAGGAGAUAGUACGGCUGAUCUUUUAACAACUUGCAGAUGUAGAGGUACUAUAGGCUUAGUACACUUGCAAUGCUUAGAAAGAUGGCUCAAAGAAUCCAACCAUAGUAAUUGUGAAUUGUGUCGACAUCACUAUAAAAUUAUUAGGGAGCCCAAAUAUAGUAUUCCUAGGUCUGUUUUAGAGUUUUUGAGAGACCCUAAUAGCUUAAAGGAGAUAAUUUUUGAUUUAAUUGGGUUUACUGUGUUUACUCCAUCGGCAAUAGCUUUAACUUACAUGUUCAUGCUGACAUGCGAAACUUUAACUAGGAAUACAAUUGCUUCUACAACAGUAGGAACUUUUUCGUCACCUGUGGUUGUAUUUUUAGCACUUUUCGGCAUGGCAGCCAUCGACUUAUCCUACUCUUCUUGGUUAAUAUUGACGCUGCAGAAGCAAGUCGAUGCUUGGCGGAAUUGGUAUAAUGCUCAUUCACGUGUUCAAGUGAUAUUGCCCAGGAUUAAGAGAAAAACUCGUAGAAGUAGUCAAAAAGAGGAUUAA